CUAAGCGCGCUCCAAAUUUUGCCGCCAAUUUUCAAGGCGAAGGGGGAGUUGUUUAUGUUUUUUAGUGUAUUGUUUAGUGCGGGAAGUGAGUGGUGCUUAGGCACAGGGGAAAUGAGGGUUAAUUUCGGAUUAUAGUGAAUAGAAUUUAAGAAAUUUUGUGGUUAAUUGAGAGUUACGGGAUCUCGAGGACAUUACAUUAGCCAAUACUUUAGUUGUCAAUCUUCAAAUUCAUAAUUUUGCUAAUGAAUUUAUUAGAAUUGAGGUGACGAUGAUUUUUCUAUGAAAAUUGUGUGACAUUCAGUGAUGAAGGUCCUGCCUGAAGAUUCGAGGCAUUUGGCAAUUCCAGAACUUCAGAUGGACAAGGGAGACUUAUCCUCCUCAGGAGCCGACAGUGGAAUAGCAAAUGGUACAUCAUCAGCCCUGACAAGUGGUUCAGCCCUAAGUGAGUCGAACAAUGACUCGUCCAAUUACUCAAUGCGUACACCAAUCUCAGAAAAUCGACCCAUUAACAACUCCAUCUUCAACACCAUCUCCAAAUUGGUAAAUCCCUCGACGAAGGUUCCUGAGAUCGACGACUUCAAGAUCGUCAAGCCAAUAAGUCGAGGUGCUUUUGGAAAGGUCUUCUUGGGGUACAAGAAGACGAAUCCCGAGCAGAUCUACGCGAUAAAAGUAAUGAAGAAAAAUGAGAUGAUUCACAAGAAUAUGGCCUCGCAGGUGGUUAUCGAGAGAAAUGCCCUAGCCUUGACGAGGAGCCCGUACUGUGUGCAAUUGUUCUACUCAUUGCAGUCAGUGAGUUCUAUUUAUUUGGUGAUGGAGUACAUGGUUGGUGGGGAUUUAAAGUCCCUCCUUGGGUACUUUGGGUACAUGGAGGAGUCAAUGGCCUUGUUUUACGCUGCAGAAGUCUGCCUAGCUCUGGAGUACCUCCACUCCCACGGAAUUGUCCACAGGGACUUGAAACCGGAUAACAUGCUCUUGUCCCGUGAGGGGCAUAUCAAGCUCACCGAUUUUGGGCUCAGCAAAAUCUCAACUCUUCAUAGAGACCUAGAGAUCUCCGAUCUUGUUAAUUGCACUCCAAGUCUUCUGGCAAGAACACCUGGACAGCUGCUCUCCCUCACCUCUCACCUGUCCUUCGGAUCUGCUGGAAAGUCUCUUGACUCCAAUCUCGAUACCAGUGAUGACAGUGUUCCUGCUAUUAAUCUGUUGCCUGCUCUUCAGGAACGGAGGAACUGUCUUUCGUCGAAUUCUUUGGCCUCGUCCACAGCAUCUGGCGAUUACUCCAAAUUGUCUGGAGUCACUCCCUUCCAGUCUGCUGAAGAUCUUCAUUUUUCGGAUGCUGAGGAUCUUCAGGAAGUGGACACUGUGUUCGAGGAAGAGGAAAACAGCACUGGGAGCUAUCAUACGUGUGAGGCGUCCUCUAUCAAACAGAUCAGUGGACUCUCUGAGAAAGGAGAGGAGGAGGAUGAGUCGACUAUUGAGGCUGAGAGCUCUAAUCAUGCUCUUCAUCAUCACAGCCCACUCAGCACUGGAAAGAAUUCUUUUACCAGGGGGACCAAACGAAAAAGAAUGGCCAUGUCCACUGGAACCACUGGCCUCACCAGGGAAAUUCUACUCAUGGAACUCGAUGAGGAUACCACUCCCAAGAGAAAAAACAGAGGCACGAUAUUCAUAACCAGGAGUCCUUCGCGGUCGUACACGAAGCCAGAAGACCCACAGGAGGAGAGAAAAACUCAGGAAUCAGGAUCAGGGGGAAGAGUGGCAUUCAGUACUCCAGUCUCAUCCCUGAAAAAUCGAAACCGAGAAGAUGGAAAGCAGAUCGAGGGAAAGGUACAACCAGUGAAGAGCACAAGGUUCGACCUGCCCCCACCAGCAGUGACACCAAAUCCUCCAGGCCUUCAUCAGGACUCCAGUACAGAGGAGCACAGGUCCCCCCAGGGGAUCUCCCCAAUAAAAACUCCAGCGACAUCAGGCAAUAAUUUUACACCCUUCCGGACCCCAAAGAGUGUAAGAAGGGGAGUCCAGGGAACUCUUAACAGAUCAGACGACAGGAUCCUUGGGACACCUGAUUAUCUGGCUCCUGAGCUGCUCCUUAAACAGGGACAUGGGCCAGCUGUUGACUGGUGGGCCCUUGGGGUCUGUCUUUAUGAGUUUUGCACUGGGUUGCCUCCCUUCAACGAUGAAACACCUCAGGCUGUCUUCGCCAAUAUUCUCGCUAGGGAUGUGCCCUGGCCUGAGGAGGAGGAAGUACUCUCUGAGGAGUGUGUCAAGGUCAUAGAUGCGUUGUUGACUCUUGAUCAUAACCUCAGACCUUCUGCCAAAGAAGUCAUGGCCAUGGAUUUCUUCAAGAAUUUCCCCUGGGAUCAACCUGCCAAGGCCACUCCACCAUUCAUACCUCAGCCUGAUGAUAAUUAUGAUACCUGCUAUUUUCAAGCUCGAAACAUUCUUCAACACCUGAACGUCAGCAGCUGCGAGAAUUAAUUCACCUCGUCAUUAUUAAAUCGAAUGAAAACUGAUAUCCUCAUGUAAAUAUUGAUCUACUUGUAAUAUAUAAUUAGUGUAGCUGCAAUCAUAACGAUAAUUUUGUACAAUUUUCAAUUCCCCAGUGUUUCAUAUUUUUCGUUAUUGAUUGUUGCAACAUCUAAUAGAACUAUUUAUCUUUGUCAUACAAAGAAAUCUGGAGAAUCUAGUUAAUGAAUGUGAUUUUUAUUAAUAAAUGAGCAACAAUUAUUUUA